AUGGUAGAAUCUCUCACGCCAGAAGGACAUUUGGGCAGUUUGAAUGGCGUUCAUUAUUUGAGUGAGAACUCUCCGCGCGCAUUCCGUCCCUUUGUCGUGAGAAAAGCCCCUGUAGCUACGGAUGGAGCGGCUACCCUGGAUAAUGGAGUUGCAGGGCAGAACAGACUAAUGGAGAGAUUGAAGAAGGCCCUUCCUAGUUUGUGGCCGCCCCUCGAUAUGGUGAACAAGACUGUGUUUGUGUACAUUGACCUGUUGAACAUACAAGAGAAUGGACUGUGGGAGGGAAAAUUCUUCAUCUUCUUCUAUUACUACUCCCCAAGUGCAAAGUGGAAUGCAAGUGAGUUCGAUGAUGGGGGGACCCUGGACACGCUGCUGUUGCCAGCCAACACUUUCUGGGUGCCUGACACAGUUGUGUGGGAGACGUCACUGGUAAAGUACCAGUCAAUGACCAGACAAGCAGUAUUCGACAUUGGAAUGGUGCUGGCGUACAGUUCAUUGGUGACAUACCAGCUGACCUGUCAGUUUGAUGUGACCCGUUUCCCUUUCGACCGCCAGGAGUGUUUCAUGACUCUUUCGCCAUACGCAUCCAAAAACACAAACUUCAUUCUAGACCUAGAGUCCAGCUACUAUUCUGACACUGGAUCAAAUAAGUACCAAAUGCCUUUACAAUACUUCACACCUCAUGACCAAUGGAUUCUAGUGGAAGCCCCCGAAAUCCAAAAAACCCUACUUGUUUGGCACGGAGUUCCGACCAGAGAAAUUAUCCAAGUGACCAUCAAAUUCAAACGUCGACCAUUAUUCUACCAGAUUGUAUUCGUGUACCCCUGUGUGGUUCUAUACUUGCUAUCCGCGGUGACUUUCUUCAUACCAGCUGACUCGGGGGAGAAAGUUUCUUUUGCAGUGACCAUUCUGCUAACUGAGAUCGUGACCUAUGGCACCCUGGUGGACAUUCUGCCUGCUAGCUCGCACAACGUGCCCUAUCUGAUCUACUUGAUAGCUUGUAUCACUUUUCACCUUACUUGGACUUGUGUCACUGCAGUCAUGGUCGUCAACAUUCACAACAAUUCCUCUUAUUUGGUGAUGUACGAAUUUCUGCAGCGUCUCAUCUCGAGCAAGUUUGUUGGAUACCUAUUCUUGAAACCAUGUCCAGUCCCAUUCAAACGUUCUCGAAGAUCCGAUCAAAAAGAAGACCGAUUUAGCGAGAAACCGAGCUCCGAAAAUGCAGACUCUGAUUUUCGACUUGAACCAAAAAGAAAGGUUGAUUUAACGGAGAAACUGAAUGUCCAGGAGAGCCCGAACCAGAAAGAGAAGACAAAAGAACUGGAAUUGGAGUGCUCGGCUCAGCAAUGGCGCUAUUUUGCUAUUUUUAUUGAUAGAGCCUUCUGGAUAUGGCACGUUCUGAACAUGACGACAGUCCUACUGGUGUUUUAUUUUCUAAUGGAUGCUUAG